CUUUUUAUCUCAUUUACAAGAUGAUGUAACGUCAUUUUCAUAGAUAUUUAAUGCAACGGCAUAUAUGUCUUCAUAUUAGAUGCAUGUCUUAAACGUGUAGCUGCGAUUAUCAUGAUUUAUUGAGCAUUCUGGAGUUACUUUAAACUGCUGUGUGAUUAGGAUCAGACCAAAAUAAUGGGUUCCAGAUACGAAGAAAUAAUGGCAACCAAACCAUAUUUGCCUUAUAGAAUGGGAUAUCUCACUGAUUGGAUGGUAGAUAAGGCCAGAGAUGAGUUGAACGAAACUGAUGAAAUCAAAGCACCUGCACUCGCAGAAUUAAGGGAAUUAAUAUCUAAAGACACCAAACUAGAUGUAUGGACUGAUGAUGCUUAUUUGCUUCAGUAUUUAAGAGCUAGGAAAUUCAACCCAAAGAAAGCAUUUAAUCUCUUUAAGAAUUUCUACAAUGUUAAACAUGAUUACGUUGAAGUUUACCCAUAUGAUUUAGACGUCGACGGUUUAAGAAGCAUUUUUACAUCGGGAGCAGCUGGAUCAUUACCAUAUAGAGAUGAAAAUGGCUGCGUUGUUUUCAUCUUUAAAGUGGCUAAAUGGAAUCCAGAUGUUUUCCCCAUAAAAACUGCUCUUUCUGCCAUGACAGCUAUAAUACUAGCGGCUGUUGAGGAUCCAGCAACGCAAGUGUGUGGCGUUCACAUUUUUCUGGAUGUGAAAGGGACAUCUUUUAGGCAGAUUCGUUGUAUCACUCCAAGAUACAUUCAGUUGUUUUCUAAAGCACUCAGAAACACAUUAGCUGUGAGGUUUAAAGGAAUUCAUAUAUUCAACGAAUCCUUCAUUUUUACAUAUCUUUAUAACAUAAUCAAGAUAUUUCUCACUGACAAAAUCAAGAAACGAUUUCAUUUCCAUGGUGAUAAUGCCAAACAUUUGCACAAGAUUAUUCCAAAAGCUAUCUUGCCAGCAGAGUAUGGUGGCGACAAUGUUAACUACAAUGAAAGCGAAUGGUGCCAAAGAGAAAUCGAACUGUUCUAUGAUAGAUUCACAGAAUUGCAUAAAAAGGGAUAUUUUUGAAAUUAAUUCUCGAUAUUUUUUAAACACAUUAAUCAAACUUCAAAGAUAUUACCAAUGGUUUCUCAUCGAUUGUUACACCAUAUGACUUCUCAAUGAAUAACAAGAACUUCAUAUAGAUCUGUACGCGAGUGGCUUAUUUGUCAAUGCGUUUAAGCGAUCCUACUAGUGUCCUGAAAAACUGUUGGUUAAGUUUCUAAUAAGAUAUUCUAAAACUCACCAUUUUACCAUUUAAAUUUAAAAUUCCUAGAACAGAUAUCUAAUAGAGAUUCUGAAAUUUUUUUUUAAUUCGAAAGGUAAAGUGGUCAGUUGAGGAAUAUAAUUUUAGAAAUUUUCCCCGUAGUUUUUUUUUCAGGACACUGACAGCUUACGUUGAAGUCCUUAUUUGACUGGCUCUAAUUUGCUUCAAAACACAUUAGCAUUAAAUGAUCUAUUGACGAAAUGCUAUCAGUGAAGCGAUUGCGUCCAAAAUGAACUAGUUGAAGUUCAAUAGUGUAAAUAAAACUACAUCGCCUGCCAAAUAUUGAACAUGAUCUUGUAUGCAUUGUACUGUUCAAAAAAUGUUUCAAUGUUCUGUAUGUUAGUGGAUAAAUUUUUGUAUGCCUUUCUCACUUCAUAUAAUUAAAAUAACCUCAAAAUUUGUUAUAAAAUGUAUCAAAUAUUUUAAGUGUUUUCAGAUAAAAAUUAUUGACAAAUAAAUGACUUUAAUUUAAUUAUUGACAAAUAAACGGCUGUAAAUCGAGUUGCCAUAAAAUUAAAUUCUUAUUUAGAAAAAACAAUGGAGUUGCCAUAAAAUAAUGUUUUCUUUCUCCAUAAAAUCGAAAUUGACUAUCCUAAAAUGAUUUUUGAAAGAAGAUUAAUAAAUUUGAAGUGCCAUGUUUUUCGUCGUUCAAUUGUAUUUUGUUAGAAAAUCAAAAUUAUCAUAAAAUGCGCUUUGCAUAAAAGUUGGUUGUCAUAAAAUUUAACUUUUUCAUGAAAUGGAGUUUUGUUAUUAAUGACACAAAUAAAGGUGCCAAAAAUAAAGUAUGCCAUACAAUUUACUUUGCCACAAUAUUUAUUUUAAUAAACCUAAUUAAGAAUUUAGCUUUGAAAGAUAAAAUUAUAACUGUGUUACAAAGGGGUUUUGCAAUAAAAUAAGAGUAUUAGCAUUGCGAUUGUUAUAUGAUAGAGUCAAGAGAAGAUAGAGUUCCAUAAAAUGGAGCUCUAUUUAGUCGCCGUUUUAUUCAAAAUUAUUUUAUGAAUCAUAUUUGUUUAACGGUCAAUGUGAGUCCAAUCACCCAUGAAAAUUAUUGUAGCUGGCAAAAACAUAAAAGCAAAAAGAAGAAAAAAAAAAUAUAUAUAUAUAUACUAUAUAGAUAAAAGUCUAUAAAUCUAAUUCACCAUAUGAAUUUACUAAGCGAAUUUUGUAAAUAAUUUUGCAAAUUCACUAUGUGAAUUAGAUGCUCGUUAAAUCAUUCAGUUCAAAAAAGAUAUCGUAUGAAUCACAUUCAUUUCACCAUAACCAUUCAAUCAAUUUAAAUGACAAAUAUGGAAGCGGCGAAAAAUAUGAAAACAGUAAAAUCAGAGCAUUUAGAUCUAUAUUUACAAUUGUAAUUAAAUUAAUUAGAAAAUAGAAGAUUUAUAAUUUAGAAUUUAAUUAAAAUUCGAAUUUUUCUUAUUACAUUUUCUAAUUCUUUUGCUAAUUAAAUUUCAAAAAUUCGCUGUACAAAUUUUACCAAUCAUAUGUCAAUCGUAAUUUUUAUAAAUAUUGUAUCAGUACUAUACAAAAAAUCACAAAAUAAGGAAUGCCUAGCAUAUACGUUUUAAGUGUAAAACAUUACGGGACUUUUUUAGAUCUCUAUGUUUAUUAAGUUUGAAAUGUCUUAAUUUAUGUUUUUUAUUUAUUGUGUAUGAUCAUUUUAUCAUGAAAAAAAUGUUUUGUAUUUUUGUAAAUAAAUAUUUAAAUUAUGUUAA